AUUCAUCAUCUUCAUGAUAAAAACGCUCUGUUUUUAGCCUUACUCAGAUUUCUUUAAUGGCGAAGGAUUUCUUGUUCACCGACGAGGAAAUGGCGGUCGACGAAGGCCUCGGCUACCCGAAAGCCUUCGCCAAGCUCUGUCGAGAUCGGAGUGUCGGCCCGUUCUGCAAUGGCCCGCCCUACACCUUCACUCCUUAUGCUUUGACUCAGCAAGAGGAUGCUAGAGCAAAGGAAUUGGAUGAGAUGUUUCCAUUGACUGAUCCGGAAGUAAAGCCUACGACGAAGCCAAAGAUCUUCUUGAAUCUCCUAUGGAAACAGCUAAACCAUCUCGGCAAUGCUGGUUUCGACCCAGAAAUGAUUCGUGUGGAUCCAUAUGGCAAUGUUCUGUACUUCCAUGCUGAUGCUUCUUCCCCUCUCUCAUGGGAUAUUGAUCAUUGGUUUCCUUGCCCAAGAGGAGGAUUGACUGUUCCAAGCAAUCUCAGAAUCUUGCAAUGGCAGGUGUGUAGAACAAAGCAUAACAAACUAGAAUUUCUGAUGCCUUGGUGGGAUUUGCAAGUAGGCAUAUCAAUUAACCAGUUCUUGUCCAUCUUUGCCUCGUCUAACUCAGAUUUCAGGCGCAGGGCGUUUUCUUGGUUGUUUUAUGAAGGCGAAAGCGAAGAACUGAAUGCUUCACAGGCAGUUAUUUCCCACAUUUUCCCCCAGCAUUUCUUGGAAUCAGAAGGUAGAUUAGGUCUGGCUCCAGCUGCAGUUGUUCAGACACGACGAGAGUCUCUUGAUGACCCGGUGAAAUCACUGGAUCACAACAGAAGGCCUAGAUCCAACACUCCUAUAGUAGCAUCUGUGAAGAGAGGCCAACUGCUUUCAAAAGAGAAUGAAUGUGCGCUAAUGGAAAUCAACCCAUAUCAAGCCAUUGUCAUGGCGAGAGAUUCCCUAAAACAGAGAGAGGAAGCAUCAAAAAUGCAAGCAGAAAUACACAGAUUAGACAAUGAAGCAUGUGAGUUGCAGCAGAAGACCGAGGAGGAUAAACUUUCUAUUCAAGAGCUGGAGUUGGUUCUGGUCAAGAAAAGGAGGCGGGCAGAAAAGUGUCAAAGGCUAGCAGAGUCGCAGUCUUCCUACAGGGUAAUGCUGGAGAAGAUGAUCAGAGAUGCCAUGCACCAAAGCGUUGUCUAUAAAGAGCAAGUGAGGUUGAAUCAAGCAGCAGCAAGUGCUCUCAUGGCUAGACUCGAAGCUCAGAAAGCAAUAUGUGAUUCUGCUGAGAGAGAGCUUCAUGUGAAGCAUAGACAGAGAGAUGAGCUCGAGAAACAGAUCAGACCUGAGAGGGAACAGGCAAGGAAGAGAUCAAGAAUGGAUGAUACACUUGUUGAAGCGGAUGCCGACGACAAGAUUACUCUGUGUUUGCCAGAAAAUGAGCUAAAUAUUCAGCAAGAAAUAGAAGAGAAUGAAGCUUUAUGUGCAGAAACUGUAAUAAACACUCUUCUUGUUUGUUUGCCUGACAUCAAAUCCUCUGCUCAUUCACACAAGGAACUGAGGAAGUUAUUGGAGGAGGAGAGACCUUCGACGGAAAGUCCACUGCCAAAUGAGGGAUGGGAGGUGGAAGCAUUCAAUGGUGAGAAGGAGGCUACUAAAAUUAGAGUCUUGAAGCCUGAUGCAGAUAAAACUAGAGAAGAUGUUGCUGGAGAGAAUGAGUACAUAGUUGAGGAAAGGCUUGAAAAGCUGGAGACAGGAGAUGAAGGGAAGGUAUACAAUAUUCAGUUCCCAUUUCCCUGUGAAACGGAGGAGGACGAAGAAAGCAGAAUACGGCGUGGGAAGGGGAAUAUAGAGAAAUGGAUGCAGUUUCUGCUUGAAAACACACAGGAGGAUGCCGAGGUAAAGACGCAAACUUCUGGUGGAAAAGAAACAUCAAGGACAGAUGAAGUAAUCGAGAAGAUCAACAAGAUAUAUCCCCACACCGAUAUUAAAGAUUCAAUGCCUCAGAAAACACAGUGCACAGUUGCAUCGGAUAUAAGUGACGAGUACUCAGAAGGCGAUAAAGAGAAUGACAAAUGUAUGGCAAAUAGCAACACUCCCUUCAAGGACCCUCCUUACAGAGCUGUGCCACAGAAAAUAACAGCAAAGGAAUCGGCUUCACCUGAUGAGAAAAUUAGGAGAGAGAAAAUCAAGAAGGAGCGGGGACUUGCAAAGUCAGAGAGUACCCGGGCAUUUCGCCGCAUACCAUCUUCUCCCUCUCUUUUAUUGGAAGGCAUGAAAAAAAGAGUGGACUGCAUAGUAAGGAGAAAAAGCUUCACAAAAUCAUGAAAUUGUCAGUGCUUGAUGAUAAUGAUGGAGAUGCGAGAGAGCCUUGGAGCCAGAAAAAGCUUCAUGAAAUCAUCCAUCAAAACGAUCAAGGAAGCAGUGGUGAGGAUUUAGGUUGUGUAUGUAGUUAGGUUAUAUGUGUGUUAUUUGUUGAGAUGCAAACUCUCGUAACAAAAUAAUUGGUGUGAUACUUUUUCAUUUUUUUUUCCUUUUUUGAUUGGGUUGAUGUUUAUCAUAUUGGUCAGUGGAAAUAUACGUACUAUGUAAUAACAGCUUGUUGUUUGAUUUGUUUUAUUCAA